ACUAUAACUUCAAACAAAUUCUACUUCACAAAAUAAAUAAACCAGACCCUCAUUACAAAUAGGCAUCCAAAUCUCCCACCUUCUCCGCAACAAUUCAAACCAUCUUCUUCAAAUUUUCCACUAUCCAUACCAUCAUAAUGGGUUCUUCCCAGACCGAUUACUACGGCUUCCCACCUUUUUCUCCACCACCUCCACCUCCUCAUAAACGUCCACCACCUUCACCAUCACCAGACAACCAUCCAACAGUUAUCGUCAUUGUGUUUGUCUCAUUAGGUGGCCUGUUCUUCCUUGCGUUCCUCUCAGUUGCGCUCUGUUGCUUCAUCAAGAAGAGGAAGAAGAAGGUGGUUCAGGAGACAGACAUCAUAAACAUUGACGAGCACCUGAGGGUGAAAGAGGCCAUUGUACCUGGCCCACAUGGAGAGCAUGCUGUGGUGCUACAGCUUGUCGAUGAUGAUGUGCAUAUUCAAGAAGAGAUCAUAAAGAAACAAGGCAUUGCCAGCGCCAUUGGAAAGAAGAAGAAGAUGGUUCAAGAAACAGAAAUGGUAAAUGUGGAUGAAGAUUUGAAGGUGAAGGAGGUGGUUGUACAAGGUCCACAGGGAGCUCAAGUUGUGGAAGUAUCUAUGGAGGAUGAUGUGCAUAUUCAAGAAGAGACUAUAAAGAAUGAGAAUGUUGGUGAAAGUUCACACAAGGAAUUAAUCACUAGACCAUUAGAAAAGGGAGAAUCCUCUUCCAUAUCCAGUCAUCAUCUUGGAAACAAGGCUUGAGGAUUGUGUACUACUGCAUAAUUUGCUUGAUGUACCCUCUACUCCUUUUGUUGGAAUACAAUAAUAAACUUGUAACCUAAGUGGAAUGGUUAUCCACAAUGGCAUAGUGAAAGGUCAUGUGUGAAUACAGAUUACUUUAUUCCUCCUCCUAUUGCCACAUUUCUAUAAAAUGUUACCCAUAUUGGAAGCAAUUUUGUGGUCCAUAAUGGGUGCAAAGGUCCAAAUAUAUUCAAGAAAUUUGGGAUCUA